AUGAAAAUGGAGAGUUCUUUUUAUCUAAAUGGUAAACCUCUUGUCUAGCCUCCAUUAACCAUUGAUCAACAAUUAAACGAACGUCUCUCAAGAACAGGAUAUAAGAUCGAAGAUAUUAACAGACUCAACGAACGUCCUACAUUAUAAAUUAUUGAGUUAGAUGGACUAACAUCUGGAUACUUGAAUAAUAAUCAAAUAUUUUAGAUGCUGAAAUAGUAAAUAAUGACUUGGAAUGAAAGAGUCACACUUCAUCGAUCAUAAUAAAUAGAAUUAAAAGAUCCUUUUGUGUAUGAUAACCUUUAUAGACAAUUAAAGAAUUCCUUACUUGAAGUUGUUAGCACUAGAAAUAAGUAGUAGUAACUAGAAUUUUUAAAUAAAGUCUCCAAUUGGUUCUUUCGUUAAUUACCAAAAUCAUAAAAAUAAUAAUUAACAUAAUCUUUAAUUGAAAAGAAAGACUAUACUUUUUAAGAUAUACCCAUCUCUUAUAAUGAAAGCAUGUAUGCAUCUGGAAUUGAUGAUUACAAAUCGAAAUAUAGAUCGAUGCAUCCAGAUAUAGAUCCACCUGAAGACAGAGUGAAAAGCUAUCACAGGAAAAAUCUCUUGUCUGACACAAGUACAAGACCUGGCACUACUCCAGGAAUAAUGGGCUUUUCACAGCAUUCAAGACCUUAUACUUCAUAAUCCACUUAUAAAAUGGUAGAUUAAGUUGAUAAAUUAUCAAGACCAAGGACAAAUUAAUAAUAUUCUGUUAUUAAGCAAUAGUCUUCUUGGAUGUACGAUGCAAAUUUACCAGUUUUCGAAACUUUUGAAGAAUAGUAAAAAAGUACUAAACGAUAAUUCCAAAUGGAGGAGUCUCCUCUCAAAGCGGAUAAACCUACUGAUAGAGACAAAAUAGAAGGCAUUGAAUAAGAAUUGGAAGAAGAUGAAGAGCAAUCUCCUGAUAAAGUCUACGGUUCAUAAAAAGAAAUCUAGUCGUAAAAGGAUAUUUCUCCAACUAAAAAAAAGAAGAAGAAGGAAAGAGGAGAUAAGUAUAUUAGUAUCGCACCUGAAAAUAAGACUUUUAAGGCUGACAAAGACACUGAACUAGCUUAUUAGAUUGGAUAAUCUUCAAGGCUUGGAGAGCUAUAAGGAACAUUUCACAAUUAUGAUCCAACUAAUUUAGAAGAUAAAAUGGCUGCAGCACGGCUCAAUCAAUAUUAUUAGGAAUAAAGAAUCAAAGAAAUAAAAGAGCAAAGGGAGGAUAUUGAAAUGGUUUAAUCUAUGAAAGACUGGGCAGUGAACAAAAGUAGAAUUGAUGAGAUAAUACUUUAAUCUGAAUAUCUAUAAUCUAUGGGAUCUCAAUUCUCGAAUGUGGGUAUCAAGGUUUCGGAUAUCUAUGAAUCUAAAAAGAUGGAUCUUGCUGAAGAGAAAGCUUAUGCAAAUUAUCUUAAUAAAACCUCUUAUCCUAAAGGCAGAAUGGUGUAAAGUGCCAUUCCAGUUACUAAAAUUAUUGAAAAUACUGUUUUACCUACUUAGGUGGAUGAUGAGGCUGAGGAUUUCUAAUCUAAAAAUGCUUACUUGGAACAAAGAAUAUAUUCGUAAAGACUUGAUUUCUUGAAAAAAGCGAGAGGGAGCUGGUUGCCUGGAGGUGUAUCUAAUCACCCUAAGGCUGAUAACAUAUAAAACAAUCGUUCUUUGUCUUCCAGCUGUUUCAGAAGUGCUAGACCUUCGAAAUAAUUUAGUACUGUAUUCAAAAGUAAUAGUAUCAAAUCAGAUAUUGAUAAAUAAAUUAGUGAAAUUAAUGUAUUGAAAAAUAGAUUGGCUUCAGAAAAAAGGUUCGUGCCUAUCACUAUCCUACAAAAAUCAAUUGUCAUACCUCAAGGACACUUGAAUCCUCAAAAAGUACCACUUCCUAAGCCUGGGGUUUUGUUAGCCAAUAUACCUGACACAGGGAAGAAAAUAAGAGGCAAGAAAAAGAAAUCUAAGAAAUGA